AUGGAAGGUGGUGCCUCUUCUAGCGCUGGCACGGGUCGCGAGCUGACCGAGUCGCGCCCUCAUCUCCUCAAGGCGCUUAAAACCCUUGCGUCCUUAGCAGUCAUCCAGAGACUCUCAGCCUGGUUAGACCGCCGAGCGAUCAACAACGGCGUGUCCGACCACUAUGACUGGAACAAAGAAGUAGUCGUCCUUACCGGCGGGAGCAAUGGUAUCGGUCGGCGAAUCGCCCAACUCCUAGGCGACCGCGAUAUCAAAGUCGCCAUUCUCGACAUCUCACCCCCAGCCGACGAGCUCCCCAACAGCGUCCGCUUCUACCAAUGCGACAUCACGUCGUCUGAAAACAUCAGCGAGGUAGCUGCUAAAAUUCGCGCCUCAUUUGGCCGCCCAACAAUCCUCAUCAAUAACGCCGGCCUCCUUACGGCUAAGACCAUUCUCAAUGUCUCCCCCGAGCAAAUGCGUCGCAUGUUCGAGGUUAAUACAUUUGCACACUACUGGCUGGCCCAGGAAUUCCUUCCAGAUAUCAUUGCUGGUAAUCACGGCAUGGUAGUCACAGUCGCUUCGCAAGCAGGGUACGCCGUUUCUCCGAAUAUGGUUGACUACUCUGCUACCAAGGCCGCUGCUAUUGCCUUCCAUGAAGGUUUGGCGGCGGAGCUGGUCACUCGGUACCAUGCCCCCCGUGUGCGUACCGUGCUUGUUACGCAAAGUUUCACACGUACGACUCUUAUUGAUAGCUUGACUCCCGAGGAUUCUUUUAUUAACCCGCUUCUGCAUCCGGAAACUGUAGCUGAGGGAGUGGUUCACCAGGUGUUGAAGGGUGAGAGUGGACAUGUACUUUUGCCUGGUUCAGCUGGUUUUAUUUCUCAGCGGCUUCGAGGUUACCCGUUAUGGUUCCAGCAUAUGUUGCGGUGCAGGUUGGAGCGGUUGAUUCGAACUGAUUAA